AUGCAAAAAAAAUCCAAGCAGGCUAACAUUGACAUUGCCAUGGAGUGUCCCGUGGCCCACAAACCCCCCACACCACCACUAUCACGGUUAAAGGCCUCUGAAGCCAGCUACUCAACAGUAGAGGCCUCUGUGGCAAGCUACUCUACAGUAGAGACUUCUAAGGUCAGUUUUUAUAUAGUAGAGGCUUCUGAGGGCAGCUAUUCUACAGUAGGGGCCUCUUCAGCUAGAUAUUUUACAAUAGAUGCCUCUGAGGCAUUCUGCUUUAUAAUAGAGGCCUCUGAGGCAUUCUACUCUACGGUAGAAACCUCUGAUGUCAAUCACUCUACUGUAGAGGCCCCUGACGCCAACUACUUUACGGUAAAAGCCUCUGAGGUCAUUUACUUUAAUGUACAGUACUCUGAGGCCUCCUACUCUACUGUAGAGGGCUCUGAGGUCAACUACUCUACUGUAGAGGGCUCUGAGGUCAACUACUCUACUGAAGUGACCUCUGCAGCUAGAUUUCUUACAGUAGAUGCCUCUGAGGCAUUCUACUAUACUGUAGUGGCCUCUGACGCCAACCACUCUACUGUAGAGGCCUCUGAGGUCAGCUACUUUAAUAUAGAGUACUCUGAGGUCAGCCACUUUACGGUAGAGUGCUUUAAGGCCAGCUACUCCAUUGUACAGGGCUCUGAAGUCAGCUACUCUACUGAAGUGGCCUCUGAGGCCACAUACUCUGCCAUAGAGGCCUCUGACGCCGGCUACUCUACGAUGGAAGCCUUUGAGGCUAGCUACUCCAAAGAAGAGACUUCGCAGAUUAGCUACUCUACAGUAGGGGUCUCUGAGGUCAGUAAACUUACGGCAGAGGCCUCUGAGCAAACUACUUAA